AUGAUUUCAUCAAUUUAAACUGUAGAUUCUUAAGUUGAUUAAAUAAGAAAUAGCAAAUAAUAUAGAAUUCCUAGUCACUAUGAAAUUGAACAAAAAGCAAAGUAUAUUAAAUAGAUUAUUUUAGAAAUUAUUAAAUAAUGACUUAAGGAAAAUUAAAAGAAAACUUUCCUAUACAGAACCAAUAUAAUAAUUAAAUACCAAAACAAGAUAAUUUAAAUAAUAAUAUAUAAAAGACUAAUACAAUAAAUAUUGCUCAAACGUAGAAUAAAAUUUAUGGCUAAGAAAUGUAACAACCUUUAGUCUAAUCUAAUGUAGAUUAACCACUAAUUAUUAAUGAUUAAUAAUAUAAAGGAAUUAAUAUGAAAGAAAAAUUAAUAGAAUUUAUAAAUUGCUUAAAAUAUUUUUAAGUUGAUAUCACUAAAUUUUAGUAAUCAUCUAAAAAUAAUACAACUGAAUAACAUUUCCAUAUAAAAUAUUUAUUCUAUGAUUUAUAUCCUAAAGUAGAUUUUUAAAUAUGGGCAUACAAUUUUUAAAGGUAGGAUUUAUUGUAAUAACUUAUAAAUUUACAUUAUUAUUUUCAUUUGUUUGUAGAAUAUUAAAGAUUAAUCGAAAAUAAUUAGAGAUCUAGUUUCUAAUCAACAUAGAUAUAAUUAUUCAUAAAUCUAAUGAAUAUUUAAAUCUAAUAAGAUAAAUUUUUGAUCAAUAAAAUACUUGAAUUUUUGUUUUUGUGUAAAGAUAGAGUUGAAAUUUAAAAUUAUCUAAAUUACAUAAUGCAUAUGACUGAUCCUUUUUAAACAACUUACUAGGCAGAUCCAAAAUAAAAUUAAGAAUAAGAUCAUAUAUAUUAUUUGUAUGGAUUGUAUUCCCAUUUUAGUGUGAGUAAUAAAUGA